CGCCCGGCUGGGGAGAUGGGGCUUCGCGCGGGGACGGGCCUUCGCCGGGGGUGGGACUCCGGCCUCCGUGGCGGGUGGCUGGCGGUCCCGUUAGGUCUGAGGGAGCGAUGGCGGCACGCGCGUUGAAGCUGCUGACCACACUGCUGGCUGUCGUGGCCACUGCCUCCCAAGCCGAGGUCGAGUCCGAGGCAGGAUGGGGCAUGGUGACGCCUGAUCUGCUCUUCGCCGAGGGGACCGCAGCCUACGCGCGCGGAGACUGGCCCGGGGUGGUCCUGAGCAUGGAACGGGCGCUGCGCUCCCGGGCAGCCCUCCGCGCCCUUCGCCUGCGCUGCCGCACCCAGUGUGCCGCCGACUUCCCGUGGGAGCUGGACCCCGACUGGUCCCCCAGCCCGGCCCAGGCCUCGGGCGCCGCCGCCCUGCGCGACCUGAGCUUCUUCGGGGGCCUCCUGCGCCGCGCCGCCUGCCUGCGUCGCUGCCUCGGGCCGCCGGCCGCCCACUCGCUCAGCGAAGAGAUGGAGCUGGAGUUCCGCAAGCGGAGCCCCUACAACUACCUGCAGGUCGCCUACUUCAAGAUCAACAAGUUGGAGAAAGCUGUCGCCGCAGCACACACCUUCUUCGUGGGCAAUCCUGAGCACAUGGAAAUGCGGCAGAACCUAGACUAUUACCAAACCAUGUCUGGAGUGAAGGAGGCUGACUUCAAGGAUCUUGAGACUCAACCCCAUAUGCAAGAAUUUCGACUGGGAGUGCGACUCUACUCAGAGGAACAGCCACAGGAAGCUGUGCCCCACCUAGAGGCAGCGCUGCAAGAAUACUUUGUGGCCUAUGAGGAGUGCCGUGCCCUCUGCGAAGGGCCCUAUGACUACGAUGGCUACAACUACCUUGAGUACAACGCUGACCUCUUCCAGGCCAUCACAGAUCAUUAUAUCCAGGUCCUCAGCUGUAAGCAGAACUGCGUCACUGAGCUUGCUUCCCACCCAAGUCGAGAGAAGCCCUUUGAAGACUUCCUCCCAUCACAUUAUAAUUAUCUGCAGUUUGCCUACUAUAACAUUGGGAAUUAUUCACAGGCUGUUGAAUGUGCCAAGACCUAUCUUCUCUUCUUCCCCAAUGACGAGGUGAUGAACCAAAAUUUGGCCUAUUAUGCAGCUAUGCUUGGAGAAGAACACACCAGAUCCAUCGGCCCCCGUGAGAGUGCCAAGGAGUACCGACAGCGAAGCCUACUGGAGAAAGAACUGCUUUUCUUCGCUUAUGAUGUUUUUGGAAUUCCCUUUGUGGAUCCGGAUUCAUGGACUCCAGAAGAAGUGAUUCCCAAGAGAUUGCAAGAGAAACAGAAGUCAGAACGGGAAACAGCCAUACGCAUCUCUCAGGAGAUUGGGAACCUUAUGAAGGAAAUCGAGACCCUUGUGGAAGAGAAGACCAAGGAGUCAUUGGAUGUGAGCAGACUGACCCGGGAAGGUGGCCCCCUGCUGUAUGAAGGCAUCAGUCUCACCAUGAACUCCAAACUCCUGAAUGGUUCCCAGCGGGUGGUGAUGGAUGGCGUAAUCUCUGACCACGAGUGUCAGGAGCUGCAGAGGCUGACCAAUGUGGCAGCAACCUCAGGAGAUGGCUACCGGGGUCAGACCUCCCCACAUACUCCCAAUGAAAAGUUCUAUGGUGUCACUGUCUUCAAAGCCCUCAAGCUGGGGCAAGAAGGCAAAGUUCCUCUGCAGAGUGCCCACCUGUACUACAACGUGACAGAGAAGGUACGGCGCAUCAUGGAGUCCUACUUCCACCUGGAUACGCCCCUCUACUUUUCCUACUCUCAUCUGGUGUGCCGCACUGCCAUCGAAGGUGGGCCUCAUUACCCCUGCAGCACCCCCCACGCAUGCUGCACCUCAGCUCUGUGCUGGAUGCUGAAGACACAGAACAGGAUGUGGUCCCUUUUCUCCAGUUGGGGAACCCAUGUAAACACGUGGGUGGCAUCCCAGUGUGAUGCAUGCCACGGUAGCAUGGAGGAAGUUAUAGUCAACCUACCUGGGGAUCAAAGAGGCUUCCCAGAGGGAAACAGGGUGCAGCCAGAAAGGCAGCCACCCCUCACUCAUCACACAAUGCACGUUCAUGGGGAAGCUGGCGCUAAACCAUUCGUAGAGGACCUGCUUCCAGGUUGGGGUUUCAUACAGAGCUGAGCAGCUCCCUCGCUGCCAUCUGUUGAAAGACAGCCCUCAACAGAAGGGUUUGUUAAAAGCAAAAAUAAUAACAACAACAACAAAAAGAAGGCCAUGUUUCUUUGAGA